UCCCCUGUUCUCUUUCAGGUUCUCAGUCAGUGAAUAAUUACGUGGUACUCGCUCUGUUUCAGCAUUGUGAAGUGAACAACUGAACAGUAACGAUGAGUGGAAGGGGCAAAGGAGGCAAAGGACUCGGUAAAGGAGGCGCCAAACGUCACCGUAAGGUUCUUCGUGACAACAUCCAGGGCAUCACCAAGCCCGCUAUCCGCCGUCUGGCUCGCCGUGGUGGAGUCAAGCGUAUCUCAGGUCUGAUCUACGAGGAGACCCGCGGUGUGCUCAAGGUUUUCUUGGAGAACGUCAUCCGUGAUGCCGUCACGUACACCGAGCACGCCAAGAGGAAGACCGUGACCGCCAUGGACGUGGUUUAUGCUCUGAAGAGACAGGGCCGCACCCUGUACGGAUUCGGAGGUUAAACCUACUUCUAACAAAAUAAUAAAACAAAGGUCCUUUUAAGGACCACCCACUAUCAAUAAGGAGCAUAAGCCUGUGGUGUAAUUCUCAAGCAGAUAUGAGUUACACGUAUAUUAACUCAUUUAGACCAUUAUUUCCGUUUCCUUUAUCACCGGAGUUUUAAGGGUUGCAUUUGUAAACUCUAUAGUAACAAUAUCCGUAUGAGGAUGACAACACUAAACGUUUAUGAAGUAACUUAGUAUGGCAGUAAAUUUCUUCCCAUAAUAUUGAGAGAUUGUUCGAAUCUAGUCUAACACAAAAGCGAACAGCACUUGAUUUGUUUCGAGAAGUUUGUCCCUUAGGGCUUGUGGUGGAGUUGCCGUAAAGUAUGUUGGUUGUUGUAAAGAGAGGAGAGAAGGUAAAACGCAACCAAUGUUUGUUGGUAAAACAACAACAAAGACUUUUCCAGUUAAUCAUCUACAUUGUAACAGUCAAGCUCUGGAAAACGAGAUGUUUAACAGUCAUUAAUCAGAAUCUCAUAGAUAGUAAAACAGUGAUUAAACAAACAUUGACUGAACUACGUAGAAGAAGAACCCUGGACAAACAGCACUCCUUUCCAUGGAACAUAAUAGACUUGUAAGUCAGUCUUCACAUUGAAAGAA